AUGCUGGCGGAGGAGUACAAGGAAGCUUUGUUGGAGAACCAGAAGUAUCAUGAAGGUUGUCCCGGAUGUAAAGUGGAGAUGAUGAAACAGCUCCGGCGAGGUUAUCCUACCUCGAGCUUUCCUUCAUUUGCUUGGAGUGAGAGGCGACUAGACGCUGCGUUUCUACGAGGAUCGCAUAUGGUGUUCUUCUUCCUGAAUGUGAAUUGUCGUGGUCGGCGUAGCUCUCACGUUCAAGCGAUUUCUAACCACGGCUAG